GUUCUUUGCUGCUAGUUGCGGCAAUCCUCUCAUCCAUCAAUGGCCGUCUCUCAAUUUGCUUGGUUUCUUCGCCUCUUCUUCAGAGAUUCGCGCUCACCGCUCAUGGAUGAUGACGGAGCAAUUUGACUUUCGAAGAAGAAAGAAAGAAGACUGUGAUGCUUGACUCGAUGUCAUCAGAUUUCAAGUUGGAAAUAGGCGGCGAGGAACCACGAGUGAGCACUAGAAACGGAAACGUUGAGCAGAAUGAAAGAGCUGGUACAGUACACAAAAUUCUGAGCGGUAUUCGAAAUCAAGGAAGCAAGUCGAUAAGCAAUUUUUUAACGAAUGCACAGCGCAGGACCUUGGGGGAUAGGUUUUUCAGAGGGAAUCGAAUUGUCAAGAAUGGCAGUUUCAGUGGUUUGUUUGAUGGUGAUGAGACACGUGAACAUGGAUUAGGAAGGAAAACGGGUCCUCUUUUAUCCGGGACUGCGUAUUGCAUUUCUUCUUGCAGCAUGAUUAUUCUGAAUAAAGUUGUUCUCUCCGGUUACAAUUUUAAUGCAGGAAUAUCGUUGAUGUUUUAUCAAAAUUUGAUUAGUUCUAUAGUUAUUGUUCUAUUGGGCCUCUGCAGAACAGUUUCAAUCGAAAAGCUUAAUUGGAAGCUGAUUAGGCUGUGGAUUCCAGUCAACUUAAUCUUUAUCGGUAUGCUGGUGUCUGGCAUGUACAGUUUGAAAUACAUAAAUAUAGCAAUGGUGACGAUUUUGAAGAAUGUGACAAACAUAAUGACUGCAAUUGGAGAACUCUAUAUUUUCCGGAAACGACAGAACCAAAAAGUCUGGACUGCUAUGUUCUUAAUGAUCAUCUCCGCCAUCAGCGGUGGUAUAACAGAUCUUACAUUUGAUACAUUAGGCUAUGGAUGGCAGGUCACGAACUGUGUUCUUACAGCAAGCUAUUCACUUACCCUGAGACGUAUCAUGGACGAAGCAAAGAAGCUAACAAGAUCUGGAUCACUUAAUGAAGCUUCCAUGGUGUUGCUAAAUAACUUAUUAUCUUUACCAUUUGGUGCCGUUUUGAUUUUCCUAUUUGGUGAAUGGGCUUAUGUAGUGAAUGCGGAUGUCAUAAAAUUGCCAAUGUUUUGGGUCGUCGCAACUGCUAGCGGAUUACUUGGACUCGCUAUUAGUUUCACCUCUAUGUGGUUCUUACAUCAAACGGGCCCCACCACCUACAGCCUUGUAGGUUCCUUGAACAAGAUUCCCUUAUCAAUUGCUGGCAUCUUUUUGUUUAAAGUUCCUCUGAGUCCACCAAACCUCUUCAGCAUAUUAUUUGGCUUAUUUGCUGGGGUGUUCUUCGCCAGGGCCAAAAUGUCAUGACUUUUCUUCAAAUUAUAUAAACAGACAGACAUAAAGAUAUGUUUUUCCUUAAAAGUCUUGGAAAAUUUUGGAAAAGGGGAGCAUUAUAGAUAAUACCGGGCUCGUAAUUUCCUGU